GGCAUAACCAACUGAUGACUUCCGGUUAAAUGGAAACAUUUAUUCUUCUUGCGCACUAACGAAAAUAAUCAACUUCGGUGAAUACAAUAACAGGCAGUGCGCCUUGGACGGAUUCAAGCUGGUCAAUCCGUCUGCGUGUAAGGGCCCCAGUCGGUUGCAGCGUACUCCAAUGCUGGUCGCACUUAAGCGGUGUAUGCGUGAUCGUUUAGGCUAGGUGGGCAGCUGGACGUGUUGCGUCUCAGGAAGCCGAGGGUGGUGAUUGCCUUCAAAAUGACUGCGGCUUCAUGAGAUUUCCAGGACAUUUGUCCGAGAUUGUCAUUCCAAGAAUUACGCACGGCAAUUGGAACACCGAUGGAUUGUUUUACGAUAUCUCAGGCCUUCACCAUCCUGGUUGUUCACCCGAGACUCGAGAAACUAGGGGAAACAUCCCUUUCGGCUGUGAAAGAGCUCCUCAGAGGAACCGUGGACGUAAUGGUACACCAAAUCUUCCCCAUCUUGGUGUUUCAUAUCUUAUGAACGCAACCGCCGUUUCUGAAGAGACAGCAAGCCAUUUAGGUAUUCAUACAAGGAGACCUCUGAAUGCUCAUCAGGCGAUUCUCCACAACAGAAUGACCUCAUUCACAAACAGUCCACCAAACAUUCGAGCGCGUGCAGAAGAUAUGGCGGAAGCUGGGUUGUAUUAUACUGGAAUAGCCGACUGUGUCGAGUGCUUCUAUUGCGGAGGUGUUCUCAGGAGCUGGGAGUCAGUGGACGAUCCUUGGUCAGAACAUUACCGAUGGUUUCCAAAUUGCACAUUUGUGCAACUAAAUUCGACAAGAAAUUCCAAUCAUAUAGCGGUUACCAGGUCAAUAUCCAAUGCACACAUAGAAUUUACACAAACUGCUAAUUCUAAGCCAAGGUGUGCAGUCUGUCGCAUUCGUCGUUCCAAUGUGGUGAUCGAACCAUGCCAUCACUUGGGCUCUUGCGUAGAAUGCUUAGAGUCGCUUGUUAGAUGUCCAGAGUGCCACGAACUUAUCAGAGCUAGCAUGGAAGUGUGUUUCUAUUGAAUGAACACAAAUUUUAUUUAGGCUACAUGGUACCUUUACUGCGUUGUUUUAACACGUCAUAUUGGUUGUUCAAUUACAGGGAUUAUUAAAUUUAUUUCUUUUA